AUUGUGUGGGCGACACGCAAAUUCAGGUGUUACCUGGAUAGGAACGAGUUUGAUCUCUACACGGACCACAAGGCGCUCACAUGGGUGUUUAGUGAAGGAAACCGUACCAGGAAUGCCAAGCUGGCACACUGGGCGAUGGAACUGUCUCAAUUGCGGUUCAAGGUGUACCAUAAGCCU